CUUCAUCCAAUGCUAUGCAAAGCCGUAAUAUUUACAAUCCAAAAGUUCAAUUCGACCUUCCAGCGUGCUCCGGCAACGGACUCAAACUCAAACCUACCCUAACAGUAUAACAUUCGCUACUGUAUCAGAUAACCUUGUCUCUCAUCACCCUGGGAAUGCCGGAAUUCCGUGGGUAACGAAUUAAUGACCAUUAAUCAAAAAAAAAACAUUAUAGCAAGUAUAAUGAUUAACCGCGUCAUGAUCUGUGAAAUCCCGUAGACGCACGAACCUUGCUUCAACCUUGCAACACGCUGGCUUCUCUCGAAUCAUCAUCGUGCGCGUGAAGGCCAGGGCAAGGUUUGACGGAAAUGAUCAACCUAAACUUGGAAAUCAUUCUCACGCUCCCCUACAAGCAACAUCGACAUCGACAUUGACCUCCAACCUCGACAUGGAUCAGGUCGCAGCUAAAAGGAUUCUUCAAGAGCUCAUCAAGCGUGAGGACCUCAAGAACAAGACAUGUGUAGACUGUGGCAAUCCAAAUCCACAAUGGGCAUCAGUUAGUUUCGCGAUAUUUCUGUGCCUACAAUGCGCAGGCGUACACAGAGGCUUCGGAGUGCACAUCAGCUUCGUGAGAUCUGUCUCAAUGGAUACUUGGCAGGCGGAUCAGAUCAAGCGCAUGCAGCUUGCCGGGAAUGCUCCUUUCAGACAAUUCAUCGAAUCAUACUCACCAGCAGAUCAAGGCGGAUAUAAGCAAGGUACCAGUCCCUACGAUACCUACCAUUGUUGGGCAGCUUCGCAAUAUCGCGAGAAGUUAGACGCGGCACUAGCCGACAAACCUUGGUCUCCAUCCCCACCACCACCGACAUCCACCUCUGGCAGUGCCACCAACUCUCCAGCGCGUCCAUCUUCUGCCCAAGGUUUACGCAAGUCGCGUGCCUUGGCACGUAACCUCGCAUCUCCGGUGUCCUCCGCAAAUUCCUCGUCUCCGGAUCUAACCACCACGGAUCAAAAAUCUGCCAACGAGUCUUUUUUCGCAUCCCUCGGUCAAGCAAAUUCCACUCGCCCUGCAGAUUUACCCCCAUCCCAAGGCGGCCGUUAUCAAGGCUUUGGAAACACGCCUUCACCUUCAACCUCUCAACACCCGUCGUUCGGCCUUUCAUCCAACUCGGCUCCCACGCUUCAAGACUUCCAGGAUAAUCCGGGUGCCGCCCUAAGCAAAGGCUGGUCCCUCGUUUCUGCAGUCGUUGCCGGUGCAUCACGCGUUGUAAAUGAAAAUGUGAUUCAGCCUGGAAUGGAGCGUGCUUUGGAUCCAAACCUGCAUGCCACCGUUCGCGGAUACAUGUCAGAGGCACAACGCCGCGCACAGGAUGCAGGUCGUUCGGCAAAUGAAUGGUCUAAAACUCAGUUGGGUGUGGAUGUGGCUGAUCAGGUCGGAGGCGUCGUGGGGACGGUGAAAGACAAGUUGGGUUCAGGACCACAGGGUUCUGGGUACGGAGCUCUGUCGAUGCAUAAUGAGGGGGAGACGUCGGCUUUGUAUCAUGAUGACACGGAGGACUUUUUUGGCGAGUAUUCCGACGGCCGCACAGACAUAGGUCAGUCGUCCGUUCAGCCUACUUCAGGUAUGUCGAAGACGCCUGGAUCUGCUUCGAAAUCCAAGGACGACGAUUGGGAUGAGUGGAAAGAGUUUUGAUAGGCGUCGUGGGGUUUGAGCGCGCAGUAAUAUAGAUUUAGACUUGGAAGGAUACCCUGUGUAGUGAUUGUAACGCUCGUAUAUGUAGUGGUGGACGCUGGUCAACCGUCGCCAAGUACUGCAGUUCAUGAUUACAUGAAAGU